AACAUCUUCAAUUCAGUCAGUUCAGUUUAAUUGCAAUGAUAGUUCUUUGGAUCGUUUCAAGUGUCGCACUUAUUGCUGCCUCUUCCACCGCAGCAGUAGAGGUUUCAACAAAUUUGGGUGACAUUCAAGGAGUUGUUUUAAAAUCUCGUUUGGGGGAAGAUUUUAAUGCAUUUCGCGGCAUCCGAUAUGCCAAAUCUCCAGUCGGUGACUUACGAUUCAAAAAUCCACAACCAGAAGCCCCAUGGAAACCGAAAGUCUUCGAUGCCACUCAAGAUGGACCACAAUGUCCCCAAGAACCAUACAAUUCAACCGACAACUCUGAAGAUUGUCUUCGUUUAAAUGUCUAUACGAAAAAUCUCAAUUCAAAGGUAUUAAAGCCGGUUGUUGUGUACAUUCAUCCAGGUGCAUUUUAUGUAUUUUCCGCUUUGAGUAAAUCAUUUGCUGGUCCAGAGUUUUUAAUGGAUCGUGAUAUAGUCUUGGUUACUAUCAAUUAUCGAAUUGGAGCAUUGGGAUUUUUGGCAACAGGAACAUCACAUGCACCAGGAAAUGCUGGUUUAAAAGAUCAAGUGCUUGCUUUACGUUGGGUUAAAGAUCAUAUAAGGAAUUUUGGAGGUAACCCUAAUUCGGUAACAUUGCUGGGUUACAGUGCGGGGAGUGUUAGUGUUGGUUUUCAUAUGGUAUCGCCCAUGUCAAGGGGAUUAUUUCAUCGAGGUAUCGCAAUGAGUGCAUCAGUAAUUCCUCUGGAGAAAUAUCCUGAUAACCAAUUAGACUUGACGAAGAAACAAGCCGAAUUGGUAAAGUGUCCUACGAGCAAUUUGGAUGAAAUGAUGAAAUGUUUGAGAAAUACACCGGCUGAAGAAUUUGUAAAGACUUUCCUCAAUUUAUAUGAGCUUGGAUACUACAUGUUGCAAGUUAUUGAAAAGAAUCACGGUCAAGAAAGAUUUUUAGUUGAAAAUCCAACUGAAGCUUAUCAGGAGGGAAGGUUCCAAAGGACUCCGCUAAUAGUUGGAAUGACAAAAGAUGAAUUUGUUCGAAUUGCUAAGUUUAUGCUAGAAGAUGAGAAUCUUACCAAGAAGUACAACGAAGAAUGGGAAACACAGGCUCCAAUAUUUCUAAAAUAUGAAAGAAAUACUCCGAAAUCUAAAUACAUUAGUACAGUUCUGAGAAGUGAAUAUCUUCAAAACCAGACUUUGAGUAAAGAUAUACCAUUUGAACCUUUUGGAAAGCUUUUCAGUGAUGCAAUUGUUGGUUUCCCAGUGCAUAGAUUCGCCCACUUGGCAGCAAGAUAUGUUCCAGUUUAUUACUAUCGAUAUUCAUACAAAGGACGUUUUAGUGAUUUCUUGUAUCCAGGAGAUACUGCUUAUGGAUCAGUUCAUCAUGAUGAUUUAUGGUAUUUACUUCGUAAUUCUUACAUUUCUCCAAUAUAUACGAAAAAUGAUCCAGAAGAUAAGACAGUUGAAAGACUAACAAGAAUUGUUUCACAAUUUGCCAAGACUGGAAAUCCAAACAACCGCAAAGAUGAAUACUUGAAAGGCGUCAAUUGGAAACCAUUGAAUUUGAAAAAAGAAAACUUUUUGGAAAUCGGAGAAGAGCUAGAAAUGAAAGAAAGACUAUUUUUGGAACGCUUCGAUAUAUGGGAGAGACUUUUGCCAUUAGAAUGGAAAUGCAGAAAUGACCGGAACUUACGUUAUCCAGAAGUAUAAACUAAACUUU